CGCACUUCACAAAUCUCACGCCACAUUUCCCUGCACCAAUCCGCACCCAAAUCUAAUUUUCGGGAUUCUCCAUUAAUUUCAGUCACCAGCAUUUCUGCUUUAGCGAAUUGAUACACAUUGAACAAUCUGCUUAAAACCCUUAAGCGGAAUUAAUAAUUACACAUUUAAUUUUGCAGCUGUGUAUAAAUAUUAAUAGACUGCAGAUUUCAUUGACUCGUUAUUGUAGAUCUAUCAGUUUCAAACACUCUCCAGAGUACUGGAGAAUAGCCAUGGUUUCGACUAGUAAAAUCAAAUCCGUUGAUUUUUACAGAAAAAUUCCCAGAGAUUUGACUGAAGCAUCUUUAUCAGGUGCUGGGCUGUCAAUUAUAGCUGCCUUUUGCAUGAUCUUUCUAUUUGGAAUGGAACUAAAUGAUUAUUUGACAGUGAGUACCUCUACAUCAAUUAUUGUUGACAAGAGUUCUGAUGGGGACUUCUUACGAAUUGAUUUCAAUCUGAGUUUUCCAGCACUAUCUUGUGAAUUUGCAUCCAUUGAUGUCAGUGAUGUCUUGGGAACGAAUAGGUUAAAUAUAACUAAAACUGUCCGCAAGUACUCGAUAGAUUCAAACUUAAAGCCCACUGGCUCUGAGUUUCAAUCGGGACAAAUUUCAACAGCAAUAAAGCACGACGAGGAAGUUGACGAAGAACAUGGUGAAGGUGCUGUUACACUUAAUUCACACAAUUUUGACAGAGUUUCACAUCAGCACCCUAUUUUGGUAGUAAAUUUCUAUGCGCCUUGGUGCUACUGGAGCAACCGCUUGAAACCUUCAUGGGAGAAAGCAGCCAAAAUUAUAAGAGAAAGAUAUGACCCAGAAUUUGAUGGACGUAUUCUUUUGGGAAAGGUUGAUUGCACUGAAGAAGUUGAGUUGUGUAGAAGGAAUCACAUACAAGGGUAUCCAUCUAUUCGCAUCUUCCGCAAGGGAAGUGAUGUCAGAGAGGAUCAUGGGCACCAUGAGCACGAGUCAUAUUAUGGGGAUCGGGAUACAGAUAGCCUAGUUAAGACAAUGGAGGAUAUGGUAGCUCCUAUUUCUUUGCAGUCACAAAGUGCUUCAGAUAGUCAGCCAUCCAAGAUGACAGAUGAUGCCAAGAGGCCUGCACCUUUAACAGGAGGAUGUAGAAUUGAGGGUUUUGUACGUGUAAAGAAGGUUCCUGGCAACCUUAUCAUAUCAGCUCGUUCAGCUUCCCAUUCUUUUGAUGCUUCUCAGAUGAACAUGUCACAUGUUAUUUCUCACUUUUCUUUUGGUAAAACGAUCUCACCAAGGGUAAUGAGUGGCAUGAAGCAAGUGCUGCCAUAUCUUGGAGGAAGCCAUGAUCGGUUGAAUGGCAUGCGAUAUAUCAGUAAUCCAAGUGAUUCAAAUGCAAAUGUUACUAUAGAGCACUAUCUUCAAGUCGUAAAAACUGAGGUGAUGACAAGAUCCUAUAAAUUAGUCGAGGAUUAUGAGUACACUGCCCACAGCAGUCUGGUUCACAGCGUUGACAUUCCAGUUGCCAAAUUUCACUUUGAGCUAUCUCCGAUGCAGGUCUUAAUAACUGAAAACUCAAAGUCUUUUUCGCACUUCAUUACAAACGUCUGUGCCAUUAUUGGAGGUAUUUUUACGGUUGCUGGAAUAUUGGACUCAGUGCUUCACAACACCAUGAGACUGAUGAAAAAAGUUGAAUUGGGGAAACACUUCUGAAAGAAAUUUGGAAUUAGGCAGGUUUAUUGAAGAAUAUCAAUUAGUGUGCACAUUUUUUUAUAUAGAUGAAUAUGUAUUUUGGUAUUUAGAAUUUUUGCAAGCAAGCACGAGAAUCACCCUGUUAUCUUCACUUUGGUGGAGGUUAUAUUAUUAUGCAAAACUGCCUUGAGGCAAACUUGGCCCUGUUUGGGGUGGAUAAAAAAAAUUAGAUUUUCAAUAAGGUUAGAUGAAAUUUGG